GUUUUAUAUGCUUAAUCAAUGGUGGGAAAGUUUUCGAGAACGGCAGCAACAGCAAUAGCUCUAUAGACGUAUUGAAGUUUUAAGACACAAUGGUGGGUCCAUUUAUGCAAGGCAUAUUGCUCAUUGGCAUUAUCUAUUGGUAUUCCAAGAGCAUGAUGUCAAUGAUCAACGAUUAUUAUCGCAGUGAGUUUCAACGAAAAAUCCAAAGUGCAAGUAACUCGAAGCCAGCGGAAGAGACGCCUCUAAGCGUAGACAACUUUAUGGAUUAUGUGCGUGAACUGGAUAACACGCCGGAAGCGGAUGAGCAGACAGUUUGCAGCGAUUCAAAACGUCCAGUGGAACCACAAUUAGGUUAUUCCUACAAUCUGAUAAGAUUCUUGAAGAUUACAGGAUCAUUUUCUGCUUUUGACAUUUGCAUUCCGCAGCGAACAGCUGCCGACAGCUGUAUAAGCUAGUCCCUAACUAUAUUCCUACUAUAAAAUAGAAUAUUAUACAUAUGGAAUAAAUUUAAAUAACUUUCGUAAAAUAAAUACAUCCAUUUGUGCUCCAAAUGUGUGGCGCAUUUAUUUAAAUUGUAGCAGAAUAUAUAUUUCAAUUUUUCAACAUUAAUUUUACUUCUUGUUUUUGCUGAUUUUCCAGCUGUACUAUAAUAAGUACUAUAAUUGUGUACAACUUUUUUUAUUUUGCAUAAGAUUUUUCUUUUUUUUGGUCUUUUUCAAUACAAACUAGAAAAAAUUGCACUUUGAUAUAUAUGUAUGUUAAAUUGCUUAGGAUAAUCUAUAUUGCUGGAAUAUUUAGAAAGAGUGUCACGAGAUUAAGCUUUAUUUGGAAAUGUUUCGGUAUGUUCAGGUAUUCAAUUCAAUUAUGGCACGAAUAUUCAAAUUUAUCCAUUGCUUGGAGAGGUAAUUUUGGAACUGAAAAAUAAUACACAAAUCUUUUGGAGACAUAUAGUAGAAUUGUUGACUUAAGUGCGUUACUUUUAACUAGUUCAGAUAUAUGUAAAUGGGAGAAUGGGAUUAAUGGAUUCACAUUUAAAUAAAUGCAUUUAAGGCAACAAAAUUAAAAACGAUUAAAAAUCUGUUUUAAAAUAUAAUCACUUUUAAUGUAUAUUUCAUAUACACAACAAAUCUUCAUACAUUGUUUUUAUUAUAGAUAAAAAUCAUAAUAAUUUCAAUACAAAUUAGUAAAGCAAAAAUACAGAAUACAUCAAAAUAAGAAUUGAUAAGACUUCGUUUAAAGAGAUAUGUACAUAACGUAAAAUAACGCUUAAGCGUAUGUAUCUUCUCAUCGCUUUCGCAUACAAAUUAAAAUACGAAUAAAGGAAUACACAGUGGUUGCAUGAUAAUUUUUCUAUAUAGCCCAAAAUAAACAAAGUACAAAGCGCAACAAAUUUUGAACAAUUUUCAAAUCGCAUUAAUUAAAUUAAAGAAUCACAAUAGAAAU